UUAAAGAAACCUUGAAAUAAUGUGUAUUAUUUCUAGCGGAAAACCAGUAUAAGUAUCAACAUCAAAGCAUGUACACUGGGACAACCCAACAAAUUUACCAGUUGCUAUUCUGUAUUCAUUGCGAUAUGAUGGUCAAUUCAUUAAUAAUAUAAUAAAUAUUAUUAAUUGACCUUAAAAAUAGCUAAUUUAUAUAUCAAUUUAAGCAAAAUGAUUGUUAAAUUUAAAAUAUACGCUUUUUUGUUUGCGUCUUAUAUUUAUUGUGAUUUUAAACUAGCAUUUUGCUAUGAAAACUUACUACAAUUAAAUGAAGGAGAAGUGUGUAAAGAAUAUAAAGAUACUAGUUUAAGCUAUAUUUGUCAAAAACAUGGAGAUUGUGUAAUAGCUCAAAAUAUUAGUGUCCAUCAUCGUAAAAAUCUUCGUUUAUGCUCAUUUAUUGGAUUAGAACCAGUGGUAUGCUGUCCACCAAGUGUUAGUAGUGCAAGUGAUAAUUAUAAUUUAAUUCGACAAAAUAAGACAAAAUCAUAUUCAAAGGCUUCUGAAAUGUGCUUGCAGUAUUCAAAACUAUUUAAAAGCUAUGGUAGGACUGAUACAAUAGAUGACAAUAACAUGAAUAAUGGCGAUAAAGUUGAUAUAAUUGGAGGAACUAAGGCUAAACCUAAAGAAUUUCCUCAUAUCGCUCUUGUAGGAUAUGGAAGCUCUUUAAAAAAUGUUUAUUGGCUUUGUGGAGGCACACUAAUUAGCAAUAGAUGGAUUCUUACAGCAGCCCAUUGUGAAAAUUCUCUAGCAUUAGGUAUAGCUCGUUGGAUUCGCCUUGGAGAACUUAAUCAAGCUUCAAAUACUGAUGAUGCAAAGCCAGUUGAUUAUGAAAUAAGUGAAAGAAUUUUACAUCAUAAAUACGAUAAAUCAAAGUCACAUUACAAUGAUAUAGGACUUUUUCGCUUAAAUAAAGAUGUCAUAUUUUCAGAAUAUAUUUUACCAAUAUGUAUUAAUACAGACCCAAAUAUUCAACCAUUUGAAGUGAUGGCUAUUGGCUGGGGACAAACUGAAAAUGGUGGACCUUUUAGCGACGAUUUAUUAAAAGUGACACUAAAUUCAGUUUCAACUGAUAAUUGUAAUAAAAGUUACAACUCAGGUUUGUCUAAAUUAUCUAAUGGAAUACUACACGAAAGUCAAAUGUGUGCUGGUUCAGAUGAAGAUGGAAAAGACUCUUGUCAGGGUGAUUCAGGUGGUCCACUACAAAUAAAACACCCUACAUUUGACUAUGGAAUGUAUUUACAAAUAGGAAUUACUUCGUUUGGAAAGAUUUGUGGUUUUCACGAAUCCCCUGGGGUUUACACCAGAGUUUCUAAUUUUAUAUCUUGGAUUGAACCAAUUGUAUGGCCUAAUUAAAAACGCAUAGAUCUAGGUUUUUUUUAAAUAUUAUUAAUAUUUAUUUCUAAAAUUAUUUAACUAAUAUUUAUACAGUUAAACAAUGAAAAUGGAAAAAAAUAUAAUUAUAAUCAAUAACAAUUGGUUUUAUA